GAGGGGGAGAGGGAGGUACCCUCAGAAAGUGCUCUCUCUUUCUCUCUCUGUGCCUUUUCACAAAAAAACACUGAGCUGGGCUUGAAACUGAAACAGGGCAAGACUCGUAAAAGGAGUGCAGUCUCUAGCUCUCCUUCAUUCUCACAGUUUCCUGUUUAAGGAGGAGGCCAUUUUGUAACUCAGCCUGGAGAGGAGCACAACAAAGUUUGGCAUUGUUUUUGUUUUCUUUUCCUCCCGCGGCCCGGGGACUUUCACAACCAAGUUUGGACUUUCUCCUCUGCAGAGCAACGCCUGUGGACAAAGGAGGCGACGGAGGGGAGAAGGUGGAGGUGGAAAGGCAGCACGGUGUGUCUCACUGUGUCUGACUUUGGUUGUGCUUGCCAUGCAUGGACUAUAGAGAGAGAGAGAGACAGUCAGAGAGGAGAGAAAAACACUUCUUCCUGGAUAAGGAUUUCUUCCUUGAUCCACUGGAAGGAGGAGGACGCGGGACUCAGAGGACCCGGCGCUGCCUGCUCAGUGUGUAUUCAUGUUUCAGUGAGUGACCACCACCCCUCUCCUCCUCCUCCUCCUCCGUUGAGACAGUUUGAGUGAGUGGGGCUUGAGAACUUAAUGCUGCACCUGGGUGUGUGUUUGCCAUUGUGUAUGUUGUGAACUUCAGGUAGCCAGCAGACUAGAGAAAGCGGACUCUGAAUGGCUAAUGCUAGCCCCUGUAUGCCCUCGGGGGCCAUGGCCCAGGUAUUCUUUCCACCGGGGGGUACAUCACCACCGGGCUCGGCUGUGAUGCAGCCAGGGACCCCCAUAUCCAUGCCCUCUGUGUCCGCUCACGGUGGUUUUCCCGUCAUGGACCUGAUGACAAGUCAAGGUCUAGGUGGGUCUGUGAUGUCUCCAAUGCCUCCCACUCCCACGGGGGUGUCCUUCAUCAUCCAGAUAGGCCUGACCAGGGAAUCUGUCCUGAUGCCCCAGACCGCUGACCUGGCCUAUGUGAAACAAAUGGCCUGCUCCAUUGUCGACACCAAGUUCCCAGAGUGCGGCUUUUAUGGCAUUUAUGACAAGAUUUUGCUGUUCAAGCAUGACCCAACUACCAACAACAUCCUGCAACUGGUUAAAGCAGCCUGUGACAUUCAGGAGGGAGAUCUGGUCGAAGUUGUGCUCUCAGCGGCAGCCACAUUUGAAGAUUUCCAGAUUCGGCCCCAUGCACUCAACGUGCACUCGUACCGGGCGCCGGCCUUCUGUGAUCAUUGUGGAGAGAUGCUAUUCGGACUGGUCAGGCAGGGGCUCAAGUGUGACGGAUGUGGGCUGAACUACCACAAGCGCUGUGCUUUCAGCAUCCCAAACAACUGCAGUGGCGCUCGUAAACGUCGCCUGUCCACCACCUCGCUGAGCAGCACCCAGUCCCUGCGCCUCUCCACCACCGAGUCGGUGUACAGCGUCGGGACGGCCUCCACCUGCGCAGAGGACGCCAGUCUCAUUCGCUCGCACACACAAAUGCCACGGACCCCUAGUGACGCCCGGCGCUUUUACACGGGCCGACCAGUUCAUCUGGAUAAGAUCCUGAUGAGCAAGGUGAAGGUGCCCCACACGUUUGCUGUUCACUCCUACACACGGCCGACCGUGUGCCAGUACUGCAAGAGGCUUCUCAGAGGACUGUUCAGGCAGGGUCUGCAGUGCAAAGACUGUAAGUUCAACUGCCAUAAACGGUGCGCAUAUAAGGUUCCUAAUGACUGCCUCGGGGAAACCAUUGGAGACAACAGAAGUAACAGCGACAUGCUGAGUCCCAGUGCAGACCCUGAGGUUCCCAUGGACUACAGCAACGAGUACGACACCUCAGACAAGUCUUCAAUGGAUGACUCGGAUGAGGCCUGCAGCAUCCCUGGGUCCUUCUCUCCAGAAAACAACCAGGAUGGAAUCAGUGGAGAUCAAAGUGUUUACAUCCCCUUAAUGAGGGUGGUACAGUCUGUGAGACAGACAACUCGUCGGUCCAGUACAGCCAUCAAGGAAGGAUGGAUGGUUCAUUACAGCAAUAAGGACACACUGAGAAAGAGGCACUACUGGCGUCUGGACUGUAAGUGCAUCAUCCUAUUCCAGAAUAACACCUCCAACAAAUACUACAAGGAGAUCCCUCUGUCUGAGAUUCUGGAGCUGCGUCCCGCCACCAACUUCUCGCUCGUUCCCCAAGGCACCAAUCCCCACUGCUUCGAGCUCAUCACAGGCACCAUGUGCUAUUUCGUAGGGGAAGACCCCAACACGCUCCCCUCCCUGUCCCCCAGCCACCCCCAGACUGUCCCGCAGACGCCUCCCUCCCCCAGCCUGGUGGCGCCCAACAGCGGCAUUGGGCGUGAGGUGGCGAAAGCAUGGGAGAGCGCCAUUCGCCAGGCCCUCAUGCCCGUCAUCUUUCAAGACGCGCCGGUGGCUGAGGGGAACACGCCGCACAGACAAGCCUCUGUUAGCAUAUCGGUGUCCAACAGUCAAAUCCAAGAGAACGUGGAUAUUGGCAUGGUGUACCAGAUUUUUGCUGAUGAGGUGCUGGGAUCUGGGCAAUUUGGCGUGGUGUAUGGAGGAAAGCACAGGAAGACGGGAAGAGACGUAGCUGUCAAAGUCAUUGACAAGCUUCGCUUUCCUACCAAGCAGGAGAGCCAGCUGAGGAAUGAGGUGGCCAUACUGCAGAGUUUACGUCACCUGGGCAUCGUGAACCUGGAGUGUAUGUUUGAAACCCCAGAGAAAGUGUUCGUGGUGAUGGAGAAGCUGCAUGGUGACAUGCUGGAGAUGAUCCUGUCAAGUGAGAAGGGCAGACUGCCUGAGAGGCUCACUAAGUUCCUCAUCACGCAGAUUCUUGCAGCUUUGAGACAUCUCCACUUCAAGAACAUCGUUCACUGUGAUCUGAAACCUGAAAAUGUGCUGCUUGCGUCUGCUGAUCCGUUCCCGCAGGUGAAGCUGUGUGACUUUGGCUUCGCCCGUAUCAUUGGUGAGAAGUCCUUCCGUCGAUCGGUUGUUGGCACCCCCGCCUACUUGGCCCCAGAGGUCCUGCUCAACCAGGGCUACAACCGCUCUCUUGACAUGUGGUCAGUCGGCGUCAUUAUGUAUGUCAGCCUCAGCGGGACGUUUCCGUUCAAUGAGGAUGAAGAUAUCAACGACCAGAUCCACAACGCGGCCUUCAUGUACCCCCCCAACCCCUGGAAACAGAUCUCCAGUGAUGCAAUUGACCUGAUCAACAACCUGCUGCAAGUAAAGAUGAGGAAACGCUACAGCGUAGACAAAAGUCUCAGCCAUGUAUACCUACAGGACUAUCAGACGUGGCUGGACUUGCGGGAGCUGGAGACUAAACUUGGCGAGCGUUACAUCACCCACGAAAGUGACGACAGCCGCUGGCAAAUGUUUGCCCGGGAACAUACUCUGUCAUAUCCCGCCCACUUUGUGCCUCCUCCUAAUGCAACAGGUUCUGAUGAAGAGGAGGGCGGGGAGGACGCGGAGGUCCAAGGCCUUACUGAGAGGGUCAGCAUCCUCUGACCACAAUGGGAUGACGGACUCAAGCUCAUUUAGAAAGGACGAAAGAAGCGGGACGGCUGACCUCUGGUUGACCAUCUGAAAAGAUAUCCAGGUGCAAAGAAUCAUGUGGCUCUAAUAGGAAUACUGUCCCGUCUGUUUAGACUUUCCAUGCACAACAUGCAUGCUGUGUCCCAGCAAGUUUUACAGAAAUAAAUUCUGUUUCUUUCCUCCAGCCCGAGGUCCACAAAACUUGUUUCGAAUCAUUUACCUCUGCUGUUGUUGGUCGUCUUUCAUCUUUUAGAUUGUUGAAUUCGAAAACGAAGACCGCACGGCUCAGUUUCACAUUUUCUUUUUGGCUGACCCAGCAAGUCUUCAGCGACAAAAUUGGAGUCAAACUUUAAAGCGGGCUUUGUAGCACAAAAUAAAAAACCACAUUCCCUUAUCUGUCACUGCAAUGCGUCCCCCACGAGAAGCAAGAACGAGUACCUCAAAGAUAGGGCUCGUUCUGUGUGUGUUCUUCUGAGGUGAUAGUAGUUCAAUUGAAAUGAAACCGUGUCAGACUGAAAGGUUUGUUUUUAGCGUCGUUUGGCCAAACUGACUAGAAUUAGAGUCCCCUUUUUUUUUCCCCUGUUCAGUACACGCUCUGUUCAGUCUCCUUUCAGCGAUGGAGCACUUUACAGUGACAAAGGACUUCCUCUGUGAUGGUAAUUACUAAAGUGAAUGCACCGAGGCAAACCCAUCUGUAUUCACAAAUGCAUUCCCAUAAAUUUGUGUCCUGUAGUGAAAACUGGAAGUAUCGAUCUGGCGACGGCAAAUCCUCCAGUAAUUACCUCCAGUUUUGAGCCACAAAUGGCUCUCAGAAAAAUAUAUGCAAUUAAAGAGGGCAUCGUGGUUUUAAAUGAACUCUAGUGUCGGUGCUGCCACGACCAGACUAUUCUCAGUCAUGUGAGACAUUUCUACCUGCUGCUACCAGAUUACACAGCAUCAGUCUCAGUAGCUGUUGAUGAGCGCUGAAAAUUGCUUCUAUUGUGUUGAGUCGCCCACUUUCAUCCGUCGAUGGUAUCUGGUUGAAUGACGAAUACCUUGUCUUCACAGCUGACUGUAUUUGUGAUUCACAUACUGUCAAUGAUGGGUAGAUAAUCACACACGCCUUUUACGAAGAAUCACACACCUCCCUGUGAUGUAAGUCCAUGGACAGACAGCUUGGGUUUACCGAAUUUUUAUGUAGAUUUUUAUGUAGUUCCAUUUUAUGUCAAUAUGUUGCAUGUUUCUGUGAAGUAGAAUUAUCUAGAUAUAUCAUUGAACAUACUGUAGUAAUGAUGGUCUAUUAUAUAAAUGUGUAACCUGAAGAUAGUUUGUCAAAUAUGUGUAGACUGUGUACUGAGCUGAAGGAUGUUGAAGGAUGAUCCCGCCCUUUAUAGCAAAUAAUACAAACCUUCAUUGCUGCAGUAUUUGUCUUUAUUUAUCGUCUCAUACAUCCAUACAUACAUACACGCACAACAGUUUUCUUGUCAUUUUCAGCUUUUCCAAGAAAAACCACACAAGACUUCAAUUCACCAGUUAAAUAUGUAGCGACUUCACUUUUCCUCAGUGAUCUGUUUGAGAAGCAACAACCAUUGCUGUCACUCUCCCAUAGCUUUGAUUAGUAUGCGCCAAACGGAUAAAGACCUCUUAUGCUGCAGCAUUAAAUUACUUCCCUACUUGAA